CUCCAUCCCUUGCACGACCCCGAACGGUCAGCCAUAGACAUGGCCCUAUGACCAAGACAAGACCCCUCUCACUGCAGCGCGGACAUUUUAUCCUGUUGGCCCUGGGGGAUUGGGGUUGCCUUGGAGCGCUAUUUCCGACACGUCCGUACGGAGUAUAUACCAACCUAGAUUUGAAGAGGGAAAUGGGACGACGUAGGAAGGUAAAAAAAGGGCGAUCGAAUAUUAUUGGUGAACCACGGCCCCCAAUUAUGAGACGAGAACCCCGAAGAUCUGAGGGGAAGAACACAAGUCCCAGGGGGGCAAAAGGAAGGAAAGAAGAGCAGUGAGAUCACUGGAGCGAUUCCGAGAUGACCACGUUCUUCUUCUCCUUGCCCGGGUCUAUUCUUCCUUGGUUGUGAUCUGAAUAUUCUUCUGGAACUUCAGUCCCUCACUCAGUCUAAAAGAGAAGGGAGAAAAGAAGGCAGGGGGGGAGGCGAAAAUGAAUUAAGAUAAAAUCCAAAUGAAGCCGGAAGAGGAC